GUCGCCCUGCGUCGGUCGGGCAGCAGCAACCCUCCGAGCCGCCUCUAACGCGGAGUCCGCCGCCUAGAGCCGCGGUGCUCCGCGGGGCCUCUGAGCACCGCCGCGGCCGCCCGGAGCGAGCGCCGAGGAGGCAGCCCAGCGCCUUUGUGCGCGCGCUGAGACAGCCCGUUUGAGGAUCCCGACCAGAAGGACACAUACCUCACUCCAAGAAAUAUCAUGGCUGAACCAGACUAUAUAGAAGAUGACAAUCCUGAACUAAUUAGGCCUCAGAAACUCGUCAAUCCGGUCAAAACGUCCCGCAACCACCAAGAUCUUCACAGAGAACUUCUUAUGAAUCAGAAAAGGGGUCUUGCCCCUCAGAAUAAGCCAGAACUGCAGAAGGUGAUGGAAAAGAGAAAACGAGAUCAGGUAAUAAAGCAGAAGGAAGAGGAAGCACAAAAGAAGAAGUCUGACUUGGAAAUAGAACUAUUAAAACGACAGCAGAAGCUAGAACAGCUUGAACUUGAGAAGCAGAAACUGCAAGAAGAGCAAGAAAACGCCCCAGAAUUUGUGAAGGUUAAAGGCAAUCUUAGGAGAACAGGCCAAGAAGUGGCCCAAGCCCAGGAGUCGUAGGCCCAGGCCUCAGAGACUGUGCUGACACUGUGAGCGGUGCCUCCUCAAGGCUUCAUCUCGGGGCACAAACCCCUGGGGAGCAUCCCAGCCAGCAGAGCAUCAUCACUUAAAAAGGAUUUGGCCUUGGCCCACCUGCUAUCUGGGUGGGUGCAUUACCUGCGACAGCUGCAGUUCCUAUUCGCCAAACAAAGGACGUUGACCAGCACCCAAGUUGGGAUAUGGACCUGUGUUCAAAGACUCUGAAAACAACAAGUAAAGGAACAGGACACUGGAAUAAAAUCUUGAGAGUUGCACUACUUGGUUUUCCUACCGAUCCAAGUUCAGUGGGGCACAGAGCCUUUUUUCUUUCAAAAACUAAAGAAAACGUGUUUUAUUCUUCCUUUAGUUAUCUGCUAGGUAAUUUAGAUCACAUAGAAAUGCAUUUGAUCUGUUACAGCCAAUAUUCAGUAAUUCUGUUUUGGGAACCCCAGAUUUUGUUGUUUUAUUUACACUUCCACGCCCGUUAGGUGAAUUCACACCUGAGAACGUAGGUGAUAAUGUUGAGCACAACUAUUACCUUUAUGGACAGCCAUAGGGUGAAGAGGGUUUAAAAUAUGUAAACAAACAUACAUAAACAAAAUACCUGAACGGCCAUCUUGACUUUAUUUUAAUUUUGGGGGUUAUAUUCCAUGGUAACAUUCCAGCUCAGAGAAGGCACAUUAUGUAAAUCCAUUUAUUGCUUUGAUAACUAUUUUAUUUUUUUAAUUUCUUGCUGAGCUUGUCCUUUUAUAUGAAAUAAUCUCCUCCAUCCUUUGGACAAUAAAAACUAGUCCACGUAACUAAUUUCAGUGUCGAAAGUAGAGGGUCCAAAUUUUUUGACUCCUCCUGAGAGCUGUGUGGAGAAUGCUCCCGCUGGGAGCCUCGAAAGGAGGGGUUCUUUGGCUGUUUGAAUGUGAAGCAAGUGUAGACCGGUCUCAAGGAGGCCACGUCGGAAGAGUCAUAGCAUUUGUACAUGUUGAAAGUUAUCAGAAUCCAAGCCUUGAAAAUUUCUGAGUAAUGAUCACCCAUUUCUUUACUUUUUUUUUCUUGAGAAGAAAGACUGUCUCCCCACUCUUUUAGUUACGAUGAUGCUAUUGAUAAUGAUGAUGUUAAUGACUACUAUUCUGCAUCUCAGGAAAAGCCAACGUGAAGGGAGAAGCUGCUUAGUUUUUGAAUUCUAGCUAGCAAGCUACUCAAAGUGAAGCCCAAGUUGCCAGUAGCAGCAAGUUCUUAGGCAGGAUUCAUUCUCUACUGCUGGUGUGGUACAUUCGACUUGGGGCAGUCCGGAAGAAUUUAUGUGGAUUCAGUAUGCUCUCCAUAGCGAGAUUCAGCCAGUAGUUUCUCCAUUGAAGACCUUCUUAUAAUUCCUCUAAAGGCACAUGGAAAGCUGGGUUCUGAGCUUUUGAAUUCUUAAUAAGCAUAGGAGAAAUUGGCUUCCUGUGGGAAUGCUUUUCAUAGUUGACCAUUAUGCUCAUAAUCAGUGCUAAUGUGAACAAGAUAUAAGUAAAUGCAGUGAUCGUAUACUGCUAGUUUGAGACUAUGUAGAUCACAUGUGGAAUGGGUGACUUCCCUCAUCAGUAAGUAUUAUUUGAAUAAAAUAGGAGGCAUUUCAGAGAAUAUAUUGCUCUAUCGUAGUGGGCUUUUGAAGGGUGGAAUGGCAACUUUUUUCCAUCACUACCUUUUCAGAGAAGAAAGUACGUUAACUGAUUGUCUUGAAAGCACAUUUCCGAUUGCACACUGACCGCAGUUCUUUCUCUGUGUGUGUGCACUAACGAUGUGACCUGUAAAGUGAGGCUUCAGGACCGGUUCAGACGUAGCCUUUACUGCAUGGAAGAUCUUCAGAUCCUGUGUCCUUGAAGCAGUUCUGCCACUUGAUGAAAUUCCCAAGGGCUCGCUCUGGCAGACUCCUUUAGUAGGAUGAAUUCUGUCUCUAGAACUUACCUAGAAUCCAUUCUUCCCUGGGAAAAAAUAAAUUACACAAGCAUUGCCCUCCCAAUCUCAUAAAUCCGCAGACUUCUUUGUAGUUCGUAGUACAAGGUCUGGCCAAACCAACGCUUGUAAAUAGGACACAGUGAUGUCUUAGUGGAAGGUACAUGUAGAGAAGCUCCCUGAAGUCAGCAGAUCAGCUUAGCUCAUAGGCUCAUGUUUUAAAAGGCCUCGGUCUCCUUCAGCGCUUCAACACUGUACCCUCCAGACCCCGGGACUCACGGACAUCCGAGCAGCUUUGUGCUUUGAGCCACUUUUGGACAAAAUUGGCUCCAUUUUUCCACUCCAUGGUUUUCUUAAACUAGUUCAGUGUUUUAUAGUCUCCUAGUAGGAAAGUAGUGUUGCUUUCUAAGCUAUAACAGUUGACUUUAUUCUUCUACUCUGAAAAAUCUUGACUCAUUUGAGUGUAUAUAAUAUAUAUAAAGGGAGCCUUAAUGGGUUUGUUUUCAUAAUUUAAUAUUUUUUGUAUUUGCUCUUGUAUAAUUGUUUUUAAUGAAAGUAUUACAGAAUCAAGGGUGGAAUUCUUAGAACCAAAGUUAUUCUUAAUAAAAAUCACCACAUGCUUGGA